AUGGUCGUGCAGGUGCUCAUUGAAGGCGUUAUUACCCAUCUAAUAAGUGCUUACGCGCCACAGUCUAGCGACACGAAAAGCGAGGUUCAGGUGUCGAAUCGGAGAAGUGCUGCCACCGUCUCUUUGGAUAUGCGGGUUAACGCUCCUGAGAAGCCAUCUGAGAGCUGCCGUCGCUUAAUCAAGCGGUGGAGGCUUGACGUGUUAAAGUUCCAAGGGCUUGUCUCAGCUGCAGGUGACAAAUGUGCCCCAUGGCUGUAUGCUGAUGAUAUCGCAAUGGCGGAUUCGGACAUGGGGAAACUGAUGUGUGGAGUAUCAUGCAUGAAGGACCGCGUGAGGAACUCCCAUAUCCGCGGAAACCUUCAUGUCCGUGACAUAGUAGACAAAAUUAAGGAGAAUCGCCUAUGCUGGUACGGCCAUGUUUUGCGGAAAACGGCAGACUAUUUGGGGUGCAGACGUCUGGCCAGGCCGCUACCGCCAGGCCCAGGUAGAAGGGGCGCUCCGAAAGAUGAUAUGCGAGUCAAUGGACUGAAAUCCCAGGACGCCGUAAACUGGACCAAGUGGAGAGAGUAA